UUUACGACACUGGGCAAACCAACUGGUGUCUUUAGUCAGCAUACUUUUUUUUUUUUUUUUACCGUCAGUACGUUAUGGUAAUGUCAGAAGUUAUUUUUACCUAACUACUCCUAAAUGAGCGUUUUUGAUUUAUUUCGCGGCUUCUUCGGAGUGCCAGGCGGUCAUUUUCGUGGCCGAAGGGACCCCUUCUUUGAUGCCAUGACCCGCGAUGAGGACGACGAUGACGAAGACGACGGCUUCUACUAUGACAGCCUCCGGGGGGAUGGGCAGGACCCCUUUGACAGUGCCUGGAAAUUUGACUUCAGCUUCAGUCCCGAUGGGAUGAGAAUCCAAGAACCUCCUCUGUUUGGCCACAUCCUCCGAGAGAUGGAGGAGAUUUUUUCCCAGCUGGGUCGUUGGGACUCGCAUUCUGGUAUUCCGAGCAUUGCGCCACCGCCACGUCAGGAGGGAAGAGGCGGAUCCAGCGGGAACCCCCUGAGAGACUUUAUGCUCAAAUCUCCCGGCAGUGACGACCAAGGGAGAAAUGAUAACCAUCCUUCCUAUGAGCGUUCACAAUUUCCAGGCUCCACCCCUUAUUCUAAAUUCAAUGAUGUCUGGAAACAGAGGCUACAGAAAAUUCCAGAUGAGCGCAAAGAAGACAGAGACCUGGAUUCUGCCGUGUCCUCCAGUGGUUUAGAUCAGAUUCUGACAUCACCCACCGACCAGGUGCCGAGUCAACAGCCUCCAAGCAGGUCCUUCUACCAGUCUGUGACCGUCACCAAAGUGCUUAAAAGUGAUGGGACGAUGGAGGAGCGGCGCACGGUCAGGGAUGGCCGAGGCAAUGAGGAGACCACCGUGACCCGCUCGGGAGGACAUGGUGGUCAAGACGGACCGUAUCGUCAUACCGGACCCGCCCUACCGGGUUCUUCAUUUUCAGACAUGCGGGACGACGACAGCGACUUCUUUUCAAAGCUCUUUGGGGGCUCUAAAUGACUUGUUUAUAAUACACAUGCAAUUUGUUUAUGUUGUGGAGUUGUUCAUUGAACGCUGACGCUGCAAGGUGAGAUCGUAUUGAAGAAUCAUCCCCGAUUGUUGCAAUGUAUUUAUUUUUGUAUUGGCCUCUGGUGGUGGUUGCGUAAAAAUAAAUGACGUUGAUGUUGUUGGAACGC